AUGUCCUCCGCGACAGAAAUAAUAAUCGGCCUCAGAAUAGGUCAAAGUUACUCCAGCAUUGCCAUCAUCAAUAAGGAUAAAAGAGUAGACUGCAUAGCUAAUGAGGACGGCGAAAGACAGAUACCAACAAUGGUAGCUUUCUCGGGGGAUGAGGAGCUUACAGGAACUCAAGCUAAGGUUCAACUUCUCAGUAACUCGAAAAAUACCGUCAUGCAAUUUCGUAAUUUCAUUGGGAAAAGCUUUGCGGACUGCAAGUCAGAAGUAUCAAGGGGGGCAGCUCAACUGAUUGAUAAAGACGGCGAGCCAGCAUAUUCCGUAGAGUUUAAGGAACAAGAGACAAUUUUCACAGUCAAAGAGAUCACCACAAAAUAUAUUGCCAGUCUUCGUGAGAGUGCAGAAAACUUUUUGGGUCAACCUGUUGCCGGCUCAGUUCUCGCGAUUCCUACAUACUUUGACGAUUCGCAGCGCGAAGCAUUGAGAGCAGCCACUGAAAAUGCGGGAUUACGCGUUUUACAGUUAAUUAACGAACCUACAGCCGCGGCAUUGUCCUAUGAGAUAGGGCAACAGCCGACAUCGCCAAACCGAUACCACGACAGUACCAUCGUGAUUCUUGAUCUGGGAUCGGACAGUUUUGAUGUUACAGCCAUGUCCAUUCGUUCAGGCAUGUUCACAAUAUUAGGAACCAAGCAUGAUGCAAAUCUUGGGGGUUUCGCAUUUGAUGAGCUCCUCGCGAAUCAUUUCGCAAGUGAAUUCAAGCGUAAGACAAAGAUUGAUGUGUUACAAAACAAACGAGCCAUGGUCAAGCUGAGAAGUGCAGUUGAAGCCGCCAAAAAGACAUUGUCUAGCAACUCAACCGCGCCAUGCUCAAUCGAGUCAUUGGCUGAGGGCGUUGAUUUCCACGGGACAAUAAACAGAACUAGAUUUGAGAUCAUGGCAAAUCGCCUCUUUAAUAGGAUUUCUGAAAUCAUAAUUGAGGUUCUGAAGAGUAAUGAAUUGGAGUCUCAAUUAAUUAAUGAGGUAAUUCUCGUGGGCGGUGCCUCUCGUAUUCCAAAAUUUCAAUCCAAAAUUCGAGAGAUAUUCACAAAUCCGGAUACCGUCAUCCGACAAGAACUUGAACCAGAUGAGAUUGUUGCUUACGGAUGUGCUCUUCAAUGUUCCCUGAUCGCUGAUUUAAACGUAAGAGAAAUCAGCGAAAACUUUGACACUACUGUCACGUCCACUCCACAUCUAUCAAAACCUAUUGGGACUGUAAAUGCUAGGGAGAAAUUUGUGACCAUCAUACCAGAGAAUACUCCUUUGCCGGUACGCCGCAUGUACACGUUUUCAAACGUGUCUGAUGAUCAAAAAGAAAUUUAUUUUUCAAUAUGGGAGGGUGCGUACAAGUCAACAUCGAUGAAUUCCGAAGAAAGUCAGGUGGUGAAUGAUGAUGAACCGAACAACGAGGAUUCACCUUCACCACUAGCCCCCAUAAUAGAACCAGAAAAACUACUGGCGGAACUGGUGAUGAAUAAUUUGCCUCCGAAAAAGAGUGGUGAACUCAAAAUCGAAUUCACCAUAGAAAUUGAUGUUAGCAGCAAAUGCACCAUAAUAGCAAAAGAAUCGACAAUAGACAAUGCCAUUAAACUAACGAUCGAUGGUAACAGUUAA